UUCUAUGUAAAUAUCCGGUUCCUUGUUGCACUCGUGUGCUUUUCAAAACAAUCAAGAUGGGGAAAGUGAAAUGUUCAGAAUUACGCACGAAAGACAAAAAAGAGCUGCUAAAACAGCUCGAAGAAUUGAAAAUGGAAUUGACGAAUCUUCGUGUAGCGAAAGUAACGGGCGGUGCAGCGUCUAAACUUUCUAAAAUACGCGUCGUCCGGAAAGCAAUUGCUCGGGUGUAUAUUGUCAUGCACCAGAAGCAGAAAGAGAACUUGCGAAAGUUGUUCAAGAACAAGAAGUUCAAGCCCCUAGACCUGCGGCCCAAGAAGACGAGGGCGAUCCGCCGCGCGCUGACCAAACACGAGCGCCGCAUCAAGACCGUCAAGGAGAUCAGGAAGAGGCGAGCGCACCCUCCCCGCAAGUUCGCUGUCAAAGUGUAAUUCUGGAUUCCUGUCAUAAAUAAAAUAUUUACUAUAAGGGUA